AUGGACGGCUCGAAUCCGGGACGUGGUGUGCCGGGUAGCCGGAUAUUGAAAGAAGAAGCCGUCGAGGACCGUAGGGCAGGGAAACGGGCAGCCGAAGAGAUGGAGGAGGAUAGCGACGAGGAGACCGAAGGGGAAGCGGAGGGAGGGGAGGGCGCGGAGGGAGCGAGGGGAGCGGAGGGAGCGGAGGGAGAAGAGGGAGGCGCGGCGGCGAAUCAAGCCCGGAAUGGAAGUAGGGGGAUGUUGAAGGGGAAGGGGAAGGGAAAGGUGAAGGGGACCGGGGAGGGGAAGGGGGAGGCGGAGGGAAAGGGGAAGGUGGAGGGGAAGCAGAAGGGGGAAUCUUCAAUUGAAGCGGAGGUGUGCUCCAUUUGCCUUGACGCCGUUGAUGCGUGCUCCAUCGAACGGUCCACAGCGCGGCUGAAAUGCGGCCACGGCUUUCACCUAGACUGCAUUGGCUCCGCGUUCAACGCCAAGCGCCGCAUGCAGUGCCCCAACUGCCACAGCGAGGAGCACGGGAACUGGCUCUUCCCCUUCCCCUCUUCUGCCUCCACUCCCUCCCCCCCUCCCCUCCCCGCUUCCUUCUCUGAUCUUGCUGCUGCUGCCGCUGCUGCUCGUGAAUUCCAUGCAAAUUUCGGGGGAGGUCUUACUGGUGCACUUGGCAGGGAGUGGCGGGGAAGGGCGGGCGCGGGAUGGGGGGGAGAAGAGGCGGGGUGGACGGAAGCAGGGGUGGGGUGGGGGGAAGUAGGGGAGGGAGUGGGUGUGGGGUGGGUGCAGGCUAUAUCGGAGCGUGCUAUGGAGGAGGAGUAUGCUAUAUCGGAGCAUGCUAUAGAGGAGGCAUUGGAGGGCGGGCCGAUGGCGCAUGUGCAUGGGGUAGACCUGCCUCUGCUGCGCCCGUGGGUUCAUGCUGAUAUGUACCACCGUGGCGAGCGCGCCUCUCGUGGUGCCUACACAGACGCCAAUAGUCCCUUGAUCACGGCCGGGAAUUUCUGGUCAGGGUAUGAUUCGGAUCCUUACAGUUACUAUCAUCCACCAGAGGGUUAUCAGCCACAGCAUGCCAUGGCCUCCAUGCGCUCCCUGCCUGAUGAGGGUGAGCGAAAUCGCUGUGCCCCUCACCUGCCCCCUGACGUGGGGGGGGGAGGCAGUGCGGUGAGCUAUGUGGGGGUAGGUGAUGCAGUGAGCUAUGUGGGGGUAGGUGAUGCAGUGAGCUAUGUGGGGGUAGGUGAUGCAGUGAGCUAUGUGGGGGUAGGUGAUGCAGUGAGCUAUGUGGGGGUAGGUGAUGCAGUGAGCUAUGUGGGGGUAGGUGAUGCAGUGAGCUAUGUGGGGGUAGGUGAUGCAGUGAGCUAUGUGGGGGUAGGUGAUGCAGUGAGCUAUGUGGGGGUAGGUGAUGCAGUGAGCUAUGUGGGGGUAGGUGAUGCAGUGAGCUAUGUGGGGGUAGGUGAUGCAGUGAGCUAUGUGGGGGUAGGUGAUGCAGUGAGCUAUGUGGGGGUAGGUGAUGCAGUGAGCUAUGUGGGGGUAGGUGAUGCAGUGAGCUAUGUGGGGGUAGGUGAUGCAGUGAGCUAUGUGGGGGUAGGUGAUGCAGUGAGCUAUGUGGGGGUAGGUGAUGCAGUGAGCUAUGUGGGGGUAGGUGAUGCAGUGAGCUAUGUGGGGGUAGGUGAUGCAGUGAGCUAUGUGGGGGUAGGUGAUGCAGUGAGCUAUGUGGGGGUAGGUGAUGCAGUGAGCUAUGUGGGGGUAGGUGAUGCAGUGAGCUAUGUGGGGGUAGGUGAUGCAGUGAGCUAUGUGGGGGUAGGUGAUGCAGUGAGCUAUGUGGGGGUAGGUGAUGCAGUGAGCUAUGUGGGGGUAGGUGAUGCAGUGAGCUAUGUGGGGGUAGGUGAUGCAGUGAGCUAUGUGGGGGUAGGUGAUGCAGUGAGCUAUGUGGGGGUAGGUGAUGCAGUGAGCUAUGUGGGGGUAGGUGAUGCAGUGAGCUAUGUGGGGGUAGGUGAUGCAGUGAGCUAUGUGGGGGUAGGUGAUGCAGUGAGCUAUGUGGGGGUAGGUGAUGCAGUGAGCUAUGUGGGGGUAGGUGAUGCAGUGAGCUAUGUGGGGGUAGGUGAUGCAGUGAGCUAUGUGGGGGUAGGUGAUGCAGUGAGCUAUGUGGGGGUAGGUGAUGCAGUGAGCUAUGUGGGGGUAGGUGAUGCAGUGAGCUAUGUGGGGGUAGGUGAUGCAGUGAGCUAUGUGGGGGUAGGUGAUGCAGUGAGCUAUGUGGGGGUAGGUGAUGCAGUGAGCUAUGUGGGGGUAGGUGAUGCAGUGAGCUAUGUGGGGGUAGGUGAUGCAGUGAGCUAUGUGGGGGUAGGUGAUGCAGUGAGCUAUGUGGGGGUAGGUGAUGCAGUGAGCUAUGUGGGGGUAGGUGAUGCAGUGAGCUAUGUGGGGGUAGGUGAUGCAGUGAGCUAUGUGGGGGUAGGUGAUGCAGUGAGCUAUGUGGGGGUAGGUGAUGCAGUGAGCUAUGUGGGGGUAGGUGAUGCAGUGAGCUAUGUGGGGGUAGGUGAUGCAGUGAGCUAUGUGGGGGUAGGUGAUGCAGUGAGCUAUGUGGGGGUAGGUGAUGCAGUGAGCUAUGUGGGGGUAGGUGAUGCAGUGAGCUAUGUGGGGGUAGGUGAUGCAGUGAGCUAUGUGGGGGUAGGUGAUGCAGUGAGCUAUGUGGGGGUAGGUGAUGCAGUGAGCUAUGUGGGGGUAGGUGAUGCAGUGAGCUAUGUGGGGGUAGGUGAUGCAGUGAGCUAUGUGGGGGUAGGUGAUGCAGUGAGCUAUGUGGGGGUAGGUGAUGCAGUGAGCUAUGUGGGGGUAGGUGAUGCAGUGAGCUAUGUGGGGGUAGGUGAUGCAGUGAGCUAUGUGGGGGUAGGUGAUGCAGUGAGCUAUGUGGGGGUAGGUGAUGCAGUGAGCUAUGUGGGGGUAGGUGAUGCAGUGAGCUAUGUGGGGGUAGGUGAUGCAGUGAGCUAUGUGGGGGUAGGUGAUGCAGUGAGCUAUGUGGGGGUAGGUGAUGCAGUGAGCUAUGUGGGGGUAGGUGAUGCAGUGAGCUAUGUGGGGGUAGGUGAUGCAGUGAGCUAUGUGGGGGUAGGUGAUGCAGUGAGCUAUGUGGGGGUAGGUGAUGCAGUGAGCUAUGUGGGGGUAGGUGAUGCAGUGAGCUAUGUGGGGGUAGGUGAUGCAGUGAGCUAUGUGGGGGUAGGUGAUGCAGUGAGCUAUGUGGGGGUAGGUGAUGCAGUGAGCUAUGUGGGGGUAGGUGAUGCAGUGAGCUAUGUGGGGGUAGGUGAUGCAGUGAGCUAUGUGGGGGUAGGUGAUGCAGUGAGCUAUGUGGGGGUAGGUGAUGCAGUGAGCUAUGUGGGGGUAGGUGAUGCAGUGAGCUAUGUGGGGGUAGGUGAUGCAGUGAGCUAUGUGGGGGUAGGUGAUGCAGUGAGCUAUGUGGGGGUAGGUGAUGCAGUGAGCUAUGUGGGGGUAGGUGAUGCAGUGAGCUAUGUGGGGGUAGGUGAUGCAGUGAGCUAUGUGGGGGUAGGUGAUGCAGUGAGCUAUGUGGGGGUAGGUGAUGCAGUGAGCUAUGUGGGGGUAGGUGAUGCAGUGAGCUAUGUGGGGGUAGGUGAUGCAGUGAGCUAUGUGGGGGUAGGUGAUGCAGUGAGCUAUGUGGGGGUAGGUGAUGCAGUGAGCUAUGUGGGGGUAGGUGAUGCAGUGAGCUAUGUGGGGGUAGGUGAUGCAGUGAGCUAUGUGGGGGUAGGUGAUGCAGUGAGCUAUGUGGGGGUAGGUGAUGCAGUGAGCUAUGUGGGGGUAGGUGAUGCAGUGAGCUAUGUGGGGGUAGGUGAUGCAGUGAGCUAUGUGGGGGUAGGUGAUGCAGUGAGCUAUGUGGGGGUAGGUGAUGCAGUGAGCUAUGUGGGGGUAGGUGAUGCAGUGAGCUAUGUGGGGGUAGGUGAUGCAGUGAGCUAUGUGGGGGUAGGUGAUGCAGUGAGCUAUGUGGGGGUAGGUGAUGCAGUGAGCUAUGUGGGGGUAGGUGAUGCAGUGAGCUAUGUGGGGGUAGGUGAUGCAGUGAGCUAUGUGGGGGUAGGUGAUGCAGUGAGCUAUGUGGGGGUAGGUGAUGCAGUGAGCUAUGUGGGGGUAGGUGAUGCAGUGAGCUAUGUGGGGGUAGGUGAUGCAGUGAGCUAUGUGGGGGUAGGUGAUGCAGUGAGCUAUGUGGGGGUAGGUGAUGCAGUGAGCUAUGUGGGGGUAGGUGAUGCAGUGAGCUAUGUGGGGGUAGGUGAUGCAGUGAGCUAUGUGGGGGUAGGUGAUGCAGUGAGCUAUGUGGGGGUAGGUGAUGCAGUGAGCUAUGUGGGGGUAGGUGAUGCAGUGAGCUAUGUGGGGGUAGGUGAUGCAGUGAGCUAUGUGGGGGUAGGUGAUGCAGUGAGCUAUGUGGGGGUAGGUGAUGCAGUGAGCUAUGUGGGGGUAGGUGAUGCAGUGAGCUAUGUGGGGGUAGGUGAUGCAGUGAGCUAUGUGGGGGUAGGUGAUGCAGUGAGCUAUGUGGGGGUAGGUGAUGCAGUGAGCUAUGUGGGGGUAGGUGAUGCAGUGAGCUAUGUGGGGGUAGGUGAUGCAGUGAGCUAUGUGGGGGUAGGUGAUGCAGUGAGCUAUGUGGGGGUAGGUGAUGCAGUGAGCUAUGUGGGGGUAGGUGAUGCAGUGAGCUAUGUGGGGGUAGGUGAUGCAGUGAGCUAUGUGGGGGUAGGUGAUGCAGUGAGCUAUGUGGGGGUAGGUGAUGCAGUGAGCUAUGUGGGGGUAGGUGAUGCAGUGAGCUAUGUGGGGGUAGGUGAUGCAGUGAGCUAUGUGGGGGUAGGUGAUGCAGUGAGCUAUGUGGGGGUAGGUGAUGCAGUGAGCUAUGUGGGGGUAGGUGAUGCAGUGAGCUAUGUGGGGGUAGGUGAUGCAGUGAGCUAUGUGGGGGUAGGUGAUGCAGUGAGCUAUGUGGGGGUAGGUGAUGCAGUGAGCUAUGUGGGGGUAGGUGAUGCAGUGAGCUAUGUGGGGGUAGGUGAUGCAGUGAGCUAUGUGGGGGUAGGUGAUGCAGUGAGCUAUGUGGGGGUAGGUGAUGCAGUGAGCUAUGUGGGGGUAGGUGAUGCAGUGAGCUAUGUGGGGGUAGGUGAUGCAGUGAGCUAUGUGGGGGUAGGUGAUGCAGUGAGCUAUGUGGGGGUAGGUGAUGCAGUGAGCUAUGUGGGGGUAGGUGAUGCAGUGAGCUAUGUGGGGGUAGGUGAUGCAGUGAGCUAUGUGGGGGUAGGUGAUGCAGUGAGCUAUGUGGGGGUAGGUGAUGCAGUGAGCUAUGUGGGGGUAGGUGAUGCAGUGAGCUAUGUGGGGGUAGGUGAUGCAGUGAGCUAUGUGGGGGUAGGUGAUGCAGUGAGCUAUGUGGGGGUAGGUGAUGCAGUGAGCUAUGUGGGGGUAGGUGAUGCAGUGAGCUAUGUGGGGGUAGGUGAUGCAGUGAGCUAUGUGGGGGUAGGUGAUGCAGUGAGCUAUGUGGGGGUAGGUGAUGCAGUGAGCUAUGUGGGGGUAGGUGAUGCAGUGAGCUAUGUGGGGGUAGGUGAUGCAGUGAGCUAUGUGGGGGUAGGUGAUGCAGUGAGCUAUGUGGGGGUAGGUGAUGCAGUGAGCUAUGUGGGGGUAGGUGAUGCAGUGAGCUAUGUGGGGGUAGGUGAUGCAGUGAGCUAUGUGGGGGUAGGUGAUGCAGUGAGCUAUGUGGGGGUAGGUGAUGCAGUGAGCUAUGUGGGGGUAGGUGAUGCAGUGAGCUAUGUGGGGGUAGGUGAUGCAGUGAGCUAUGUGGGGGUAGGUGAUGCAGUGAGCUAUGUGGGGGUAGGUGAUGCAGUGAGCUAUGUGGGGGUAGGUGAUGCAGUGAGCUAUGUGGGGGUAGGUGAUGCAGUGAGCUAUGUGGGGGUAGGUGAUGCAGUGAGCUAUGUGGGGGUAGGUGAUGCAGUGAGCUAUGUGGGGGUAGGUGAUGCAGUGAGCUAUGUGGGGGUAGGUGAUGCAGUGAGCUAUGUGGGGGUAGGUGAUGCAGUGAGCUAUGUGGGGGUAGGUGAUGCAGUGAGCUAUGUGGGGGUAGGUGAUGCAGUGAGCUAUGUGGGGGUAGGUGAUGCAGUGAGCUAUGUGGGGGUAGGUGAUGCAGUGAGCUAUGUGGGGGUAGGUGAUGCAGUGAGCUAUGUGGGGGUAGGUGAUGCAGUGAGCUAUGUGGGGGUAGGUGAUGCAGUGAGCUAUGUGGGGGUAGGUGAUGCAGUGAGCUAUGUGGGGGUAGGUGAUGCAGUGAGCUAUGUGGGGGUAGGUGAUGCAGUGAGCUAUGUGGGGGUAGGUGAUGCAGUGAGCUAUGUGGGGGUAGGUGAUGCAGUGAGCUAUGUGGGGGUAGGUGAUGCAGUGAGCUAUGUGGGGGUAGGUGAUGCAGUGAGCUAUGUGGGGGUAGGUGAUGCAGUGAGCUAUGUGGGGGUAGGUGAUGCAGUGAGCUAUGUGGGGGUAGGUGAUGCAGUGAGCUAUGUGGGGGUAGGUGAUGCAGUGAGCUAUGUGGGGGUAGGUGAUGCAGUGAGCUAUGUGGGGGUAGGUGAUGCAGUGAGCUAUGUGGGGGUAGGUGAUGCAGUGAGCUAUGUGGGGGUAGGUGAUGCAGUGAGCUAUGUGGGGGUAGGUGAUGCAGUGAGCUAUGUGGGGGUAGGUGAUGCAGUGAGCUAUGUGGGGGUAGGUGAUGCAGUGAGCUAUGUGGGGGUAGGUGAUGCAGUGAGCUAUGUGGGGGUAGGUGAUGCAGUGAGCUAUGUGGGGGUAGGUGAUGCAGUGAGCUAUGUGGGGGUAGGUGAUGCAGUGAGCUAUGUGGGGGUAGGUGAUGCAGUGAGCUAUGUGGGGGUAGGUGAUGCAGUGAGCUAUGUGGGGGUAGGUGAUGCAGUGAGCUAUGUGGGGGUAGGUGAUGCAGUGAGCUAUGUGGGGGUAGGUGAUGCAGUGAGCUAUGUGGGGGUAGGUGAUGCAGUGAGCUAUGUGGGGGUAGGUGAUGCAGUGAGCUAUGUGGGGGUAGGUGAUGCAGUGAGCUAUGUGGGGGUAGGUGAUGCAGUGAGCUAUGUGGGGGUAGGUGAUGCAGUGAGCUAUGUGGGGGUAGGUGAUGCAGUGAGCUAUGUGGGGGUAGGUGAUGCAGUGAGCUAUGUGGGGGUAGGUGAUGCAGUGAGCUAUGUGGGGGUAGGUGAUGCAGUGAGCUAUGUGGGGGUAGGUGAUGCAGUGAGCUAUGUGGGGGUAGGUGAUGCAGUGAGCUAUGUGGGGGUAGGUGAUGCAGUGAGCUAUGUGGGGGUAGGUGAUGCAGUGAGCUAUGUGGGGGUAGGUGAUGCAGUGAGCUAUGUGGGGGUAGGUGAUGCAGUGAGCUAUGUGGGGGUAGGUGAUGCAGUGAGCUAUGUGGGGGUAGGUGAUGCAGUGAGCUAUGUGGGGGUAGGUGAUGCAGUGAGCUAUGUGGGGGUAGGUGAUGCAGUGAGCUAUGUGGGGGUAGGUGAUGCAGUGAGCUAUGUGGGGGUAGGUGAUGCAGUGAGCUAUGUGGGGGUAGGUGAUGCAGUGAGCUAUGUGGGGGUAGGUGAUGCAGUGAGCUAUGUGGGGGUAGGUGAUGCAGUGAGCUAUGUGGGGGUAGGUGAUGCAGUGAGCUAUGUGGGGGUAGGUGAUGCAGUGAGCUAUGUGGGGGUAGGUGAUGCAGUGAGCUAUGUGGGGGUAGGUGAUGCAGUGAGCUAUGUGGGGGUAGGUGAUGCAGUGAGCUAUGUGGGGGUAGGUGAUGCAGUGAGCUAUGUGGGGGUAGGUGAUGCAGUGAGCUAUGUGGGGGUAGGUGAUGCAGUGAGCUAUGUGGGGGUAGGUGAUGCAGUGAGCUAUGUGGGGGUAGGUGAUGCAGUGAGCUAUGUGGGGGUAGGUGAUGCAGUGAGCUAUGUGGGGGUAGGUGAUGCAGUGAGCUAUGUGGGGGUAGGUGAUGCAGUGAGCUAUGUGGGGGUAGGUGAUGCAGUGAGCUAUGUGGGGGUAGGUGAUGCAGUGAGCUAUGUGGGGGUAGGUGAUGCAGUGAGCUAUGUGGGGGUAGGUGAUGCAGUGAGCUAUGUGGGGGUAGGUGAUGCAGUGAGCUAUGUGGGGGUAGGUGAUGCAGUGAGCUAUGUGGGGGUAGGUGAUGCAGUGAGCUAUGUGGGGGUAGGUGAUGCAGUGAGCUAUGUGGGGGUAGGUGAUGCAGUGAGCUAUGUGGGGGUAGGUGAUGCAGUGAGCUAUGUGGGGGUAGGUGAUGCAGUGAGCUAUGUGGGGGUAGGUGAUGCAGUGAGCUAUGUGGGGGUAGGUGAUGCAGUGAGCUAUGUGGGGGUAGGUGAUGCAGUGAGCUAUGUGGGGGUAGGUGAUGCAGUGAGCUAUGUGGGGGUAGGUGAUGCAGUGAGCUAUGUGGGGGUAGGUGAUGCAGUGAGCUAUGUGGGGGUAGGUGAUGCAGUGAGCUAUGUGGGGGUAGGUGAUGCAGUGAGCUAUGUGGGGGUAGGUGAUGCAGUGAGCUAUGUGGGGGUAGGUGAUGCAGUGAGCUAUGUGGGGGUAGGUGAUGCAGUGAGCUAUGUGGGGGUAGGUGAUGCAGUGAGCUAUGUGGGGGUAGGUGAUGCAGUGAGCUAUGUGGGGGUAGGUGAUGCAGUGAGCUAUGUGGGGGUAGGUGAUGCAGUGAGCUAUGUGGGGGUAGGUGAUGCAGUGAGCUAUGUGGGGGUAGGUGAUGCAGUGAGCUAUGUGGGGGUAGGUGAUGCAGUGAGCUAUGUGGGGGUAGGUGAUGCAGUGAGCUAUGUGGGGGUAGGUGAUGCAGUGAGCUAUGUGGGGGUAGGUGAUGCAGUGAGCUAUGUGGGGGUAGGUGAUGCAGUGAGCUAUGUGGGGGUAGGUGAUGCAGUGAGCUAUGUGGGGGUAGGUGAUGCAGUGAGCUAUGUGGGGGUAGGUGAUGCAGUGAGCUAUGUGGGGGUAGGUGAUGCAGUGAGCUAUGUGGGGGUAGGUGAUGCAGUGAGCUAUGUGGGGGUAGGUGAUGCAGUGAGCUAUGUGGGGGUAGGUGAUGCAGUGAGCUAUGUGGGGGUAGGUGAUGCAGUGAGCUAUGUGGGGGUAGGUGAUGCAGUGAGCUAUGUGGGGGUAGGUGAUGCAGUGAGCUAUGUGGGGGUAGGUGAUGCAGUGAGCUAUGUGGGGGUAGGUGAUGCAGUGAGCUAUGUGGGGGUAGGUGAUGCAGUGAGCUAUGUGGGGGUAGGUGAUGCAGUGAGCUAUGUGGGGGUAGGUGAUGCAGUGAGCUAUGUGGGGGUAGGUGAUGCAGUGAGCUAUGUGGGGGUAGGUGAUGCAGUGAGCUAUGUGGGGGUAGGUGAUGCAGUGAGCUAUGUGGGGGUAGGUGAUGCAGUGAGCUAUGUGGGGGUAGGUGAUGCAGUGAGCUAUGUGGGGGUAGGUGAUGCAGUGAGCUAUGUGGGGGUAGGUGAUGCAGUGAGCUAUGUGGGGGUAGGUGAUGCAGUGAGCUAUGUGGGGGUAGGUGAUGCAGUGAGCUAUGUGGGGGUAGGUGAUGCAGUGAGCUAUGUGGGGGUAGGUGAUGCAGUGAGCUAUGUGGGGGUAGGUGAUGCAGUGAGCUAUGUGGGGGUAGGUGAUGCAGUGAGCUAUGUGGGGGUAGGUGAUGCAGUGAGCUAUGUGGGGGUAGGUGAUGCAGUGAGCUAUGUGGGGGUAGGUGAUGCAGUGAGCUAUGUGGGGGUAGGUGAUGCAGUGAGCUAUGUGGGGGUAGGUGAUGCAGUGAGCUAUGUGGGGGUAGGUGAUGCAGUGAGCUAUGUGGGGGUAGGUGAUGCAGUGAGCUAUGUGGGGGUAGGUGAUGCAGUGAGCUAUGUGGGGGUAGGUGAUGCAGUGAGCUAUGUGGGGGUAGGUGAUGCAGUGAGCUAUGUGGGGGUAGGUGAUGCAGUGAGCUAUGUGGGGGUAGGUGAUGCAGUGAGCUAUGUGGGGGUAGGUGAUGCAGUGAGCUAUGUGGGGGUAGGUGAUGCAGUGAGCUAUGUGGGGGUAGGUGAUGCAGUGAGCUAUGUGGGGGUAGGUGAUGCAGUGAGCUAUGUGGGGGUAGGUGAUGCAGUGAGCUAUGUGGGGGUAGGUGAUGCAGUGAGCUAUGUGGGGGUAGGUGAUGCAGUGAGCUAUGUGGGGGUAGGUGAUGCAGUGAGCUAUGUGGGGGUAGGUGAUGCAGUGAGCUAUGUGGGGGUAGGUGAUGCAGUGAGCUAUGUGGGGGUAGGUGAUGCAGUGAGCUAUGUGGGGGUAGGUGAUGCAGUGAGCUAUGUGGGGGUAGGUGAUGCAGUGAGCUAUGUGGGGGUAGGUGAUGCAGUGAGCUAUGUGGGGGUAGGUGAUGCAGUGAGCUAUGUGGGGGUAGGUGAUGCAGUGAGCUAUGUGGGGGUAGGUGAUGCAGUGAGCUAUGUGGGGGUAGGUGAUGCAGUGAGCUAUGUGGGGGUAGGUGAUGCAGUGAGCUAUGUGGGGGUAGGUGAUGCAGUGAGCUAUGUGGGGGUAGGUGAUGCAGUGAGCUAUGUGGGGGUAGGUGAUGCAGUGAGCUAUGUGGGGGUAGGUGAUGCAGUGAGCUAUGUGGGGGUAGGUGAUGCAGUGAGCUAUGUGGGGGUAGGUGAUGCAGUGAGCUAUGUGGGGGUAGGUGAUGCAGUGAGCUAUGUGGGGGUAGGUGAUGCAGUGAGCUAUGUGGGGGUAGGUGAUGCAGUGAGCUAUGUGGGGGUAGGUGAUGCAGUGAGCUAUGUGGGGGUAGGUGAUGCAGUGAGCUAUGUGGGGGUAGGUGAUGCAGUGAGCUAUGUGGGGGUAGGUGAUGCAGUGAGCUAUGUGGGGGUAGGUGAUGCAGUGAGCUAUGUGGGGGUAGGUGAUGCAGUGAGCUAUGUGGGGGUAGGUGAUGCAGUGAGCUAUGUGGGGGUAGGUGAUGCAGUGAGCUAUGUGGGGGUAGGUGAUGCAGUGAGCUAUGUGGGGGUAGGUGAUGCAGUGAGCUAUGUGGGGGUAGGUGAUGCAGUGAGCUAUGUGGGGGUAGGUGAUGCAGUGAGCUAUGUGGGGGUAGGUGAUGCAGUGAGCUAUGUGGGGGUAGGUGAUGCAGUGAGCUAUGUGGGGGUAGGUGAUGCAGUGAGCUAUGUGGGGGUAGGUGAUGCAGUGAGCUAUGUGGGGGUAGGUGAUGCAGUGAGCUAUGUGGGGGUAGGUGAUGCAGUGAGCUAUGUGGGGGUAGGUGAUGCAGUGAGCUAUGUGGGGGUAGGUGAUGCAGUGAGCUAUGUGGGGGUAGGUGAUGCAGUGAGCUAUGUGGGGGUAGGUGAUGCAGUGAGCUAUGUGGGGGUAGGUGAUGCAGUGAGCUAUGUGGGGGUAGGUGAUGCAGUGAGCUAUGUGGGGGUAGGUGAUGCAGUGAGCUAUGUGGGGGUAGGUGAUGCAGUGAGCUAUGUGGGGGUAGGUGAUGCAGUGAGCUAUGUGGGGGUAGGUGAUGCAGUGAGCUAUGUGGGGGUAGGUGAUGCAGUGAGCUAUGUGGGGGUAGGUGAUGCAGUGAGCUAUGUGGGGGUAGGUGAUGCAGUGAGCUAUGUGGGGGUAGGUGAUGCAGUGAGCUAUGUGGGGGUAGGUGAUGCAGUGAGCUAUGUGGGGGUAGGUGAUGCAGUGAGCUAUGUGGGGGGCAACGAGUACCGCUGUCUGCUGUGCCCGUCCUCGUCCGCCGCACCUGCUUCUUCCACUACCGCCCACCUUUCCCUCCUCCCACACCGCCCGCUCUUCCCGGACAUCGUUCGCCUGAGGGACCACAUGCUGCUCAGCCAUGGCGUCGACCCCCUCCCUGCCCACAUGCCAUUAGCCCUGCUGUGA